AAGAUUUGCAGAUGCUGCAGCUCAUGGUUGUAAACUCUCCCUAAAGUCUCCCCGUCCUUUUAGAGGCAAAGGGGCGGAAAGGAAGCAGCUGUCCAGACCAUGCAGCUGCUCUCCUUGGUUGCCUUGCUACUCCUCCUUCCAGGAUGUUUUUCUGAUCUGACUGGCCCUGGUGUAGUGCAUGCUGCUCCGGGAACAUCAGCACAUGUGCAGUGCAGAUAUGAUCAAAAAUAUGAAGCAAAUGCAAAAUAUUGGUGCAGAAUAACUAGCAAAGGCGACUGCCUCUUCCUUGUGAGGACAUCAGGGUUAGAAUACCCAGUGAAAGUAGACAGAGUUUCCAUUAGAGACAAUCAUACCUUAUACCAGUUCACUGUGACAAUGGAUCGCCUGACCGCCAGCGAUGCCGGCACAUACCGCUGUGGGGUGCGUGUGAAUGGAGGUCCAGAUCUGUUGACUCCAAUUACUGUGAAAGUGUCUACUGGAGGACCAAAUGCCCCUGAUCAUGAUCUCUCUUCCAACUGGGAUUCAAGUUCUAUCAGAUAUCUGAUUUAUGUGUCCUUCCUGAUAUUGAUUGGCUUGAAAACAUCCCUGCUGCUGCUUCUGGUCUUUGCUAUCAGCUGGAUGUAUAUACGGACUCAACAGUCUUCUGCUGAGUAGCUUCAGAGAUGCCAUUAAGGCAGCUUGAACAAUCACCUUUUCUCUCUGGACAAUGAACCUAAAUCAAGAAGGUGUAAGAUUUAAGAAGGAAGACAAGUUCCUCUUUCCUUGACUCCUGGUUGAAGAAAAAGAAGAAAAAGAGGAGGA